AUGGAAAAAGUCAGAAAAUUAUCGACUCCCAAAACAUCAAGGAAUCAAUUCUCAGUUUCUCAAUCUGGUGGCCCUUCAGCUAUAAAUAGAAAGCCUAUAAAAAUACUUGGCUCUAACUUUUUAUUGGAUAGCAGAUAUGAAGUUCGCGACACAGUUGGCAGUGGAGCUUAUGGAGUAGUAGUAUCAGCAAGAGAUACAGUAUCAGGGGAACUUGUUGCAAUAAAAAAAAUUGAAAAAGCUUUUGAGCAUUCUACCUUUACGAAGAGAACAUUACGUGAACUAAUAAUUCUACGCUUAUUAGAACAUGAAAACGUAAUUCGAAUCAAAACAAUCCAAUUGCCCCUGUGCAGAGAUGAAUUUGAUGAAAUUUAUGUCGUAAGUGAAUUGAUGGAAACUGAUUUAAGCUCAAUAAUAAAAUCUCCUCACUCCCCCCCCCCUUUAAAUUUGAACUAAAAAUUUUGUUCGAAUUUAAAGGGGGGUUAAGAAAAUUUUUUUAAAAAAAAAUAAUCAUUAUAAAAUUUUUUAUAAAAAAAAAAAAUUCAAAAAUUUAUCGAAUUAGAUUAUAAAAACUUGUUUAAUAAAAUGCUAUUUACUCUUUAUCCUUUAAAACAAAGCAAGAUAUAACUAAAAUUUUAUUAUUAAUUAAUACGCCACUAUUAAUUGGUAUCAAAACUAUUUACACAAAAAUUAUUAUUUUUAUUGAUAAAAAAAAAAUAAAAGAAAAUAAUUUUAGAAAAUUUAUUAAUCAAAGUGCUAAUUUUGUUUAAAUAUAAGAUGUUAUUUAUACUCUAUUCUUUAAAAUAAAGCAAGAGAUAAGUAAAUUUUGAAUUUUUGUAAAGAAUUCGUAUUGAAUUUAUAUCAAAGCUAUUUAAAUAGAAAAUAUCAUUUUUAUCAAAAAAAAUAAAAUUGUUUUAAAAAUUAACAAUUAAGGAUAAUAAAUUUAUUUAAAUAAGAUGUUCUUUAUACUCUAUUCUUUAAACAAGAGCAGGAUAUAACUAAAUUUUAAAUUUUAGUUAAGAAGAAACAUUUAAAUUAUAUCAAAACUUUUUACAUAAAAAUUAUACUUAAUUUUUUAUUAUAAAUUAAAUUUUGUUCCAAUUUAAAGGGGGGUUAAUUUACUAUAUUUUGUUCCAAUUUAAAGGGUGGGGGGAGUCAGAUUUUAUCUGAUGAGCACUGCCAGUUCUUUUUAUAUCAAAUUUUAAGAGGUAUCAAAUACAUUCAUAGUGCACACAUUCUGCACCGAGAUUUAAAGCCGAGAAAUCUAUUGGUAAACUCAAAUUGCGAUUUAAAAGUCUGCGAUUUUGGUCUAGCAAGACCUUUUAUAGACGAUUUAAAAAUAAGAGGGUCACAGAUGACAGAUUAUGUUGCAACUAGAUGAUAUAGGGCUCCUGAGGUGCUAUUAACUUAUAGAAAAUACACAGCUGCUAUUGAUAUGUGGUCAAUUGGCUGCAUUUUUGCAGAGUUAUUAUUAAGAAAACCACUUUUGCCUGGAAAUGAUUCAAAUAACCAAUUGGAUUUAAUUUUUGACAUGAUUGGAACUCCUUCUGAUGAAGAUAUUGCUUCUAUUCCUCAUUUAAGAGCAAGGGAUAAAGUAUCUAGAAUGCCUAAAAGGAAUAAAAAAGCCUUCGAAACAAUUUUUUCUGAGUGCAACCCUGACGCAAUUGACUUAGUGAGAAAAUUUCUUGUUUUUAAUCCUGAUAAAAGAAUUACAAUUGAUGAAGCGUUAGAGCAUCCGUAUUUGUCAACUUUGCAUUGUCCAGAUGAUGAGCCAACUCGAAGUGCAGUUUCUGGUUUUGAUUUUGAGUUUGAAAAAAGAGUCUUGAACAUAAGAGAAUUGAAAGAUCUUAUAUAUGAAGAAAUUUUAUUGUAUCAUUUUCCUCAAAAAAGAGAAGAGUACGAUAGAGCAAAAUUAGAAUAUUCACUGAAAAUAAGAGUGCCACUCAGAGAAACUUCUUCAAAUGGACCUAACGAGGACAGCGUGGGUGAAGAAGAUGAAUAUUAA